GGCGGGGCCACAAGCACAAAUAUGGAACCAGAGAACUAGUCUACGCAGCAGCCCCAGUGGCCUAAUGGAUAAGGCAUUGGCCUCCUAAGCCAGGGAUUGUGGGUUCGAGUCCCAUCUGGGGUGUGUUGCUUUUUUUUUUUUUUUUUUUUUUUUUUUUCCCCUCCCCUUCCCUUCCUGUCUUCCCAGUUCCCUUGUAGCUGUUGCAGCCCUGCCUUUGCCCCUAGCCCUCAGUACGUCCCGCGAGGGGGCUUAGCUCUGCCCUGUAAGUGGUCGAGUCACAUGGUGGCGCUUUCCCGACCUCGCUCCCCACAGUAACACCCGCGCGACGUCCGCUCCAGCCGUAUCCCCCUCUCCCAGCCCUCGCUGCAGACACUGGCCCCCCACGCCGCGCGGGGACGACCGCGGCCAGGGCCAGGCUGGGGCCCACGCGCUCUCACGCGCUAGGCGAUCGACACCGUGCCCUAGCGCUCCCGGAACUAAGCGCUCUGCAGCCUAGGCCAAGCCUCCACCCCGCUCUCUGCUCCCGCACGCGCUCGGUGCUCGGCUACCGAUGCCUGCGCGGCAGGGCUGUCUCGGCGCUCCGCUGCUUUUCCUGGCGGCGCGGCCAUGGCGGCGCUGGGUUCGCCACUUGCCACGUUCCGUGGGCUCCUGCGCGAGUUGCGCUACGUCAGCGCUUGCGCGGGGCGGCUUUGCCGCGACAUGGCGGUCUACCGGCACGUGGUACAGGCCUUCCGCGCGCACCGGGUGACGGAGGAGAAGCUGUGCCGCGCCCAGCACGAGCUGCACUUCCAGGCCGCCACCUACCUCUGUCUGCUGCGCAGCUCCCGCCUCCACCUCGCCCUGCUCCGCCAGCACCGCGGCCGCGGCCCGCGCUCUGCCCACGACACCGCCCGCCUCGUGGGGCUCGCGCUGCCGUCGCGGCCCGGCGGGGACGGCCGCCAAGCCUAGGGGCCGUCUGGCCGGGCCGGGCUGGGCCCGGCCCUGGGGGCGCGGAGCACAUUAAAAUGGUUGCACCCGA